AUGGAUCCGGUUACUUUAGUUGUAGGGUCUGCUCUAGGAGCAGCAUUUGAAAUUCUGUUUUCUGCCGUUCUAAAAGCGAAGAGCACAGCCAAUAUGUUUCAAACACACCUCGGAAAUCUCAAUGCCACGCUAGACUCGUUAAAACCAGUGAUUAUACAGCUAGAAUCUGCCAAUCGUUUGGUUCCCCUGGAGAAGAGCCUAGAAAAUUUUACAACAAAAAUGGAGGAGGGCAAGAAGCUGGUUGAUGAGUGCUGUGAGGUGUGGAGGAUCGACCUCAUCAAACAGCACAAAUACACCGGGAAAAUUGAGGCAUUGGAUGACUCUCUCCAUAGACUCUUAAGUAUACUGUCAGUGCAGUUAGGAAGCCAUUCAGCGAUGAUGCUUCACCGAAUUGGUGGAAACGUUGUGGCACAAAAUAAAAAUCAAAUCGGGGUUCGGUGUGCAGUACCUCCACUUCCAUCGGUUAUUGUUGGCUUGGAUGCGCCUUUGGAUGAUCUGGAGAUGAAGCUCCUUGGGGAUGGCACCGAGUCAAUACUUGUGCUUACUGCUGCUGGGGGAUGCGGGAAAACCACUUUGGCAACAAUGUUUUGUCAUGAUCCGAGAGUCAAAGCUAAGUUCAAGGAAAAUAUCUUCUUUGCCACUGUUUCGAAUAAGGUCAGCUACCUUAUUGUACAAGAACUAUGUGAACAUGCGGGAUUGGAGGUACCUGCUUUACAAGAUGAAGAAAAUCCGUUUAAAUGGCUGCAAAAGUUUAUGACGGAAAGAGGACAAAAUCCUUUACUAUUGGUCUUGGAUGAUGUUCAGUCUGAAUCAGAAUCCCUUCUUGACAAGUUUAAUGAAUUCAAAAUGCCAAGUUGCAAGGUUUUGGUGACAUCCAGAUAUCAUUUUCCAAAAUUUGGUCGUACAUAUCCUUUAGACACAUUGGAAGAUAAAUCUGCAAUGGAUCUUUUUCGUCGUUCAGCAUUCCUACCAAACACGAGCAGCUCUGACAUACCAGAUGAUCUUCAGGAAAAGAUCGUACGGUUGUGUAAGAGAUUUCCCCUUUCCCUUAAAGCGAUUGGAGACUCACUUCGCAAUCAACAUAUAGAUAUCUGGAGAAAAAGACUAAAGGAAUUGUCUAAAGGUUCUAUUCUUGAAUCAGACGAAAAGUUGCUUGCUUACCUCAAAAGUUGCUUAGAUGACUUAGACAAAGGAAUGGCUACCGUCAAGAAUUGUUUCAUAGACCUUGGUUUAUUUCCUGAAGACCGAAUAAUCCCCGUUACUGCCCUCCUGGAUAUAUGGGCAGAGUAUGAGGGAACUGAAGAUUUUCUGUCCAUUGCAAACCUCUACGAGCUCACCAAUCGCAAUCUUGCCCGCCUUGUAGUAGUCACAGGCAACGAGGACGUGGAUGGCUAUUAUGGCGAGCACUUUGUUAUCCAACAUGAUAUGCUUAGAUUGCUAUCGAUCCAUGAGAGUUGUGAAGACCCGAAACAACAGAGACUGAUUAUAGGCACACGUGGAGACGAGCUUCCAACAUGGUGGAAAGAGAUGAAGCAUAACACGAAGAAUGCUCGCUUAGUAUCUAUCUCAACUGAUGGAUUGUCCUCAGCAAAAUGGGACAACAUGGAUCUACCAAAAGCUGAGGUCUUAGUUUUGAAUUUUCAGACAGAGAACUAUGUUUUACCCAAGUGCAUGAAGCAAAUGUCCAAGUUGAAGGUUCUAAUAGUCACAAAUUAUGGUGUCUUACAAGCUGACUUGAGUAAUUUCAAGCUUUUGGGUUCUUUGCCUAAUCUGAAGAGAAUAAGAUUAGAGCGCAUUUCAAUUCCUUCCAUAAGCAAGAAAUCCAUGCAGUUGAAGGGUCUGCAGAAGAUAUCUUUAUUCAUGUGCAGCAUCGGUCAAGCUUUUAGCAACUCUUCCAUCCAAAUCUUAGAGGCAUUUCCCAAUCUAGUGGAAUUGAACAUUGACUAUUGCAAUGAUUUGGUGGAAUUGCCUGCCAAGCUCUGUGAUCUUAUCCACCUAAAAAAGCUCAGUAUUACCAAUUGCGUUCAGCUAUCUGCCUUGCCUGACGAGAUUGGAAAGCUGGACGAUUUAGAGGUCUUGAGGCUAAGGUCCUGCACAGAUUUGGAACGGCUUCCAGAUUCGAUUAAGAACCUCUCUAAGUUGAACCUUCUUGACAUGUAUUAUUGUUUCAACAUUAAGGAGUUGCCUGAACAGAUUGGUGAAAUGAGUGGUUUAAGAAAGAUCAAGAUGGUGCAAUGGUUAAGAUUGCUGCGGUUGCCUGCAUCAGUUUUGAAUCUUGAGCAGUUACGGGAAGUGAUAUGUGACAAAGAUACGGAAAUUUUGUGGGGGGAACCUUUCAAAUCCAAUCUCACAAACAUAAACAUAAGGGUGGUGAAAGAAGACUUCAAACGGAAUUGGCUCCACGAUCUUUGA